CCGAACACCAAAUGGAGUCUCUGCUUCAAGACCUGAACUCCACCCACUUGUAUGGAGUGAUCCUAGCCAUCCUCAUCCUAUCAAUCCAUGUAUGGUUCAAAUCAAGGUCAUCUCGCAAGCUCAAAACACCACCAGAAGUUGCAGGCGCAUGGCCCGUCAUAGGGCAUUUGCCCAUCCUAGCAAAAUCCCCCCACCCUCACAGGACCUUUGGGGCCAUGGCCGACGAGUACGGACCGAUCUUCACCGUCCGGCUUGGGUUGUUCCCAGUGGUAGUGGUUAGCAGUUCCGAGAUAGCCAAAGAAUGUUGCACCAAGCACGACCUCGCCCUAUCGUCUCGUCCACUGCUGUUAGCCACUGAAGUCAUGGGCUACAACUAUGCCUUUUUUGGGUUUUCUCCUUACGGUCAGUAUUGGCGUGAAGUGAGGAAAAUUGCCACCUCGGAGCUGCUCUCUAACCGGAGGAUCGAGUCGUUGGUGAACCCCAUAGUGGCCUCGGUGACGGAUAUCGCCAUCAAAGAGUUGCACAAGCUUUGGACUGAGAAGAAGAAUGAUUCAGGCCAUAUCUUAAUUGACUUGAAGCAGUGGUUUGCAAGCUUGUCUCUGAACAUUGUCCUUAAAGUCAUAGCCGGAAAGGGCUGCUACAGCGGCGUCGCCACUGUGGACGAGGAAGAGGAGCGGCGGUGCCACCAUGCCUUGAGGGAAUUCUUGCAUUUCCUAGGGGUUUUUACCGUGGCGGAUGCUCUUCCUUUCCUGCGAUGCCUGGACUUGGGUGGCCAUGAGAAGACCAUGAGGAGGAUCGCCAAAGAAUUGGACACGAUCUUAAGUGGUUGGUUAGAGGAGCACAAAAGGAAGAGCAAAAGUCCGAGUGAGAAUAGGGGUGAUCGAGAUUUCAUGGACGUCAUGCUUUCGACCCUUAACGGCAAGGAAGUGGGAGGUUAUGAUGCAGAUACAACUAUCAAGGCUACAUGCUUGGCCAUGAUAUCAGGCGGUACUGAUACUACAAUGGGCACCAUAACUUGGGCGGUCUCUUUGUUGCUAAACAACCUUCACAUUUUGAAGAAGACUCAAGAAGAACUAGACACUCAAAUUGGUAAACAAAGAUUUGUGAAUGAAUCAGACAUAACCAACCUAAGUUACGUACAUGCCAUAGUGAAGGAGACCUUGCGAUUACACCCUCCAGGCCCGCUUGGCGUGCCACACGAAUCAAUCGAAGAUUGCGUCGUCAACGGGCACCACGUGCCUAAAGGGACGAGGUUCAUCUUCAACUUAUGGAAAAUUCAAACCGAUCCAAGAGCAUGGCCUGAACCCAUGAAGUUUAAACCCGAGAGGUUCUUGAGUAGCCAAAAAGAUGUUGACGUGAAGGACCGUAAUUAUGAUUACUUGCCAUUUGGAGUUGGUAGAAGAAGUUGUCCCGGAAUGUCCUUUGGCUUUCAAUUUGUGCAUUCUAUGCUUGCUAGGUUUCUGCAUGCAUUCGAGGUAUCAACUCUUGACAAUUUGCCAGUGGAUAUGUCGGAGACAUUCGGAAUAACAAUCGAGAAGGCAACGCCGCUCGAGGUCAUGCUCGCACCGAGAUUACCUAACGAGGUCUACAAAUUUGCAUGA